AUGACGAAACCCAAAACAAUUCGUGAAAAUGGAUUUCUUCUGGAUUUUCAAGAAGACAUCCAAAACCUCUAUCAUCAUUUUCGCUACCAUGCACAUUGUAAAGUAUACCCGACACGUCCACUGAUAACAGACAAGCAACGUUUUAAGCGUGUUUUAUUUUACACACCAUACUUCGAUAAUGAUAUCUGGCCACGAGCUAAAUUGGGAUCGUCUUGGAAUCUCACACGAGAAGAUGGCAAAGCAUGUGCUCACACCUGCGUGAUUUCUUACAACAAAUGCGACUUGCCUUUCAGUGAUGCUGUCAUUUUUCACGARGCGGAUUUGUUUAGAGCUCAUGUUCUGAAGUCUAUUUCCAUAUAUCGUAAUCCACAGCAGAGAUGGGUUUAUUUUACWCAUGAAAAUCCUCAGAACGCCAAYCACGAUCCUUCUCAGUACAACGGGAUUUUCAACUGGACGGUCACUUACAGACGAGACUCYGAUGUUUUUUAUCCGGAUGGUUACUACCGAGAGAUCCUGUCACCCGAUGAGAUUCCUAAGAACCACGUUACGACCAAUUAUGCUGAACCAAAAGAUAAAUUAAUAGUCUGGGCAGCAAGUCACUGUGGGCUUCUAAGAGAYGAUGUUGUGCACAAAAUCGCUCACUUUCURCCUCUUACUGUUAUUGGUCGUUGUGCUAAGUUGUUCAAUCAGAAAACCCCAAACUUUUGCAAAAGAGGGUCAAAUGAUUGUUCAUCUUUUCUAAGAAGAUUCAAGUUCUACCUAGCCUUUGAAAAUGCAAUGUGCACUGACUACAUAACUGAGAAAUACUGGGAAACACCCUUCGAUAACAACAUGGUUCCCAUUGUCUUAGGGUCGAAUUAUGAUUUCAAGGUCGCUAUACCGGGGUCAUAUAUAAACAUACUGGAUUUUCAGAACAUAGAAGCGUUGGUCAAGUACAUCGAAUACCUUGACAGAAACGACACUGCUUACAAUGAAUAUUUUCAGUGGAAAACCAAGUACACUCGGAUCGAGCCUGGCGAAAAAUCAUGGACCUGCCAGUUGUGUGCAAACAUUUACAAUGAUUCUUUACCAAAAAAAGUUUAUACAAACUUAGGAACUUACUGGGGAAUUGACAGUAAUUGUAAUAGAAGUUUAGAAAGUAUGAUUAGGAGCAUAAUCAGGGAAUAGGAUGAAAAGAUAAACGAAAUA